UCUGCUCCAGCACGGACUUCAAGUGUUCUGGACAUCAGAAUGGAGCCCCAGAUGUAUGGCCACGACCAAUCUUGGAUGGGAUCCUGCGAUGGUCAGUUUUUGCCCAAAAUAGUCCAAAGACGAGCCAAGAGAAGCAUACCUGAUAACGAUAAGGACGACAAAUAUUGGGAAAAGCGAAAACGAAACAACAUGGCCGCUAAACGAUCAAGAGAAUGCAAACGUCAAGCAGAAACAGACAUACGUAACAAAGUGUCAUUUUUAGAAGAAGAAAACGCGUUAUUGCGCAAAGAAAUUAGCCUAAUGAAAGCCAAAUUCGGUAUUCCACCGGAACAAAGCAUCUUAUCCCAAGAGGACAGAACACAGUGCAUGCAUGAUGUCCGAAGUAACCGGCAGUUGACAGACAAUGGCGCCAAAUCUGAGAGUGAAGACGGUAGCGACAGUAGUAUGAUGUCACCUACAGGUGCCAGAUAUUCUCUUGGUGGAAUGUCUAAAUCAGUCAGUCCUUAUGGUGAUAGAAUGAACGGAGAAAUAAGAAGACAACAAGGUGUUUCAAGACAUAAGGGCACUGAUAUGAAUGGUGGCAAUGGGUACGAAGUAUACGCCUCGUGGAGCCAACUACCAGCAGAAGCCUCCUAUAUAAAUGCUCAAAUGUACCCAAACGCCGAGGGAAAGUAUCCCCCUAGCACACCUCAAGAAUUCAUGGACAAACACGCCAUGUUUUCCAACUAUGAAAGAUACGUGGCAGAAGAUGGACAAACGAAUCCUAGAACGGGGUAUCAGUAUUAUGGCUACCAGCAUCAACUUAUGUAUCCAGGUACAACACCCGUUCAUACUCCAGCAGAUUUAACACUCAACAGAAAAUCUGACGGAAGAACGAGAGACGAGUGUCCGGAAUUCAUGGAAAAAUCGGAAUUAAACGGAAACAUGUCAGUUAAUUCCAGUCCACUAAAGCUACCAAUUAAACCUGAAUAUUACAGUGAAGAAAAGGCAAUGCUUCUAAAACAUUCGGCACAACUAGCUGACAGCACCACAAAUAACGCUUCACAUCACGGUAACCAAUCCAGUACACCUGAUGGAGAAUUUUACGGAAAUGACGGAGUUAAUCUAAAAGCCAAAUUACAACAUUUAUCCUCACAUUUUAACGAAUUGAAGAAAUGAAUAAAAAUAAUUUCGAGGGCCAUUCCCAAGAAAUUAUUGCUUACGGUAUACCAUGCUGUGCCGUUUGGUACCCGUUAGAAGCCCGAGAUAACAUUUUGUGCUAGAACAAUAUUUAAGUAUUUAUAUGAUUCUACAGUGGAAAUUGUUUUUAGAUGUUCGUCGUGAAUAUUAGUGAUAUAAAAGUGUCGCAGGGUAACAGACUUAUGCUAUAUUGUGAUGUUUUUCUUUUGUUCAGUGUGAUGUACAUAUUAUAUAG